AUGAUUCAUUCUACGCCCCUUCAUCCUGAAUCAAGUCUGUCUACGCAAACAGGUGUGUCGAAAAUUUUAUCGUCAGCAGCGUUAGCCGAUACAUCAACAACUACAAUCACAACAACAUCUAUAAGCAGAGUUGCUAUUAUAUCGCCAGCAACAACUGGUCAUUCAUCGUCAGAUGCUGGUGGUUCACUACCUGAAUGCUCAAUUGGUGAUAUAAAGUACGAUACAUCGAAUAUCAAAUUUUUCUUGAAAAAUCAACCAGGAAAAUAUACACUGGUGGAUAAUCCUAGAGUAAAUACAGUUAAACCAUCUGCAUGUUGGACUCGAUUUGCAGUUAAAGAUAAAAAUGAUCGAAAUAUCACCAUCGAAAAAUUUGCGUGA